UGUGUGUAUGCGAGUGGAUAUAAUAUCACAUACCUGUCCCUGUCACUCUGGCUCUUCUUGCAGCUCUCGGAAUUAAAUCGAGAUUUGUUUUUUCCCAGCCGAUAGAAAAAACUUUAACUUUCUUGAGCGAUGGGUUUAUUUUACGACGAUUAAAGCCGUUUGUGAGUGUCGCUUUAAGUGAUUUAAUUGCGAAAGCAACACAGUUCCUGUAAACCCUGCUACGCUUGCAUAUAGCCGGACAAUUUCGUUUCCUUCAUUUUUCCCCCCGUCUUAAUUUAUGCUUCGUUUUUGUGAACUUUUCUGAGGCAUUCAAAGCUGUUUGCGAGCCCCGCGUAAAACGUUUCUGUUAUCCAUGACCUCUAUGAAGGAUCCGUUGAGUUUGGACCACCAUCACCACAUUAUCGGAAGUAAACACACGCCGCUUACGAUGGCCUCUAGUCUGCAGCCGCUCCAGCGGUCUGUGGACUCGAAGCACAAGCUGGAGGUGCACACGGUAUCAGACACCUCCAGUCCAGAGUCCGUAGAGAAAGAAAAGGGACAAAGUAAAAAUGAAGAUUCGUCCGAUGACCCGUCGAAAAAGAAGAGGCAGAGGCGGCAACGAACGCAUUUUACUAGCCAACAGCUCCAGGAGUUGGAGGCCACUUUUCAGCGGAACCGCUACCCGGACAUGUCCACUAGAGAAGAGAUCGCCGUUUGGACAAAUUUAACUGAGGCCAGAGUCCGAGUGUGGUUCAAGAACCGGCGGGCAAAGUGGAGGAAAAGGGAGAGGAACCAACAGGCCGAGCUGUGCAAAAAUGGUUUCGGCCCGCAAUUUAAUGGACUUAUGCAGCCGUACGAUGACAUGUACCCAAGCUAUACCUACAACAACUGGGCGGCAAAGGGGCUCACGUCGGCCUCUCUGUCUACCAAAAGCUUCCCCUUUUUUAAUUCCAUGAACGUAAAUCCGCUGUCGUCUCAAGCCAUGUUCUCCCCACCUAACUCCAUUUCUUCAAUGAGCAUGUCCUCCAGUAUGGUUCCGUCUGCUGUCACCGGCGUGCACGGGUCAAGCUUAAACAGUCUCAAUAACUUGAAUAACCUGAGCAACCCCUCUCUAAAUUCUGGAGUUCCUACGCCGGCGUGCCCUUACGCCCCACCGACACCUCCGUAUGUUUACCGGGACACUUGUAACUCCAGCCUUGCCAGUCUGAGACUGAAAGCCAAGCAGCACUCGAGUUUUGGAUACGCGAGUGUGCAGAACCCAGCCUCCAAUCUCAGCGCGUGCCAGUACGCAGUGGAUAGACCGGUGUGAGAGACGAUUGCAGAGUUUACAUCUCGAAUCCCAGGAACGAAAGACUACAUUUUUUUUGUUUAAAGGGCACUACAAGAUUAAACCACUGAAACACGUCAAAUCCUGUGAUGGAAUGUCGGUCGGAAACGGAAGCAAUCGUGCCAUUUCUAAUAAGAUUUGUGCUUUACACUAGCAAGUGUAGACCGUAUGAUGAUAUUUAAAAACCUUUAUUUUGACGAUUUGAAUUUUUGGACAUUAAUUGACUGAACGGUUGUAUAUAGACUAUAUAUAUCUUAAUAUCAUCUCCAGUUUGUAGAGGCGAAAGCUCUGACUCUAACUGCAUUUUCAGAAAAAAAAAUCAGUUUAACAACAGCAUGUGGAAAAACGUACCGGAAUCAUGUCUUGCUUGCGAACAAGGGAAUGUACAUACUAAACGCACCAGUCGUGUGUUAUAUUAUAAAUUUAUUAUUAAAUGUCUGUGUGAAUAUAGAUCUAGAAUAGCAACUUGGGUAAUUAUACGCAAAUGUUUCUGCGAAAUGAACUUGGUUUUACUCUGUGUAUACAAUUUGGUACGAAUUUUUGUUUCGUUUUUCAACAUCCCAAAAAUAAACUAUUGUGU